AUGAAUGCUCCUCGCCGUGUUCUUCCUCAGGAGAUCCGUUUUACGUUGGAGUUCCAACCUGGUGCACCUUUCCAGCAGUCUAUCAUCAAUUCAAUCAUGGCUCCAUUCAACCUGGAUCAAUUGGACUGCAGCAUUAAUGAGAUCAUCUACCCCACUGCUUGGCCGAUUGGCUUCGGAGGCGACCCUGACCUCAUCGACCUUCCUACUCACUGGGUACCUUGGGACGACGACAUUGUUUCUACAUCCCAGUACCAUUUCUAUGUCGCUGACCUCGAAGUGUACGAAUCCAUGGCUGCCGUGGCAACUGCAACAGACAAUCAUCUUUCUAUGGUACCUGCAGGUGUCCCCUUUGACUUCCGCAUGGAGACCAUUUUGAUUGUGCACCAGUUGCCAUUGAUGCAACUCAUGGAGCUUGCGGCCCAGUCAGCUGACAGGAUCAUUACCUUGGAACGACGUCUGGGUGACGCUGAGGUGUCACAAAUGCUGGAGCAUGGUGGGCAUCAUCGUUGCAGAGUUCAUGGUAUUCAUAUUGCCCUCUAUUCACCAGCCAGUCCUUCUGAAGCGGUCACAGCCCCACCUGAUUUCGGCUCUCCAGCUGCCAUUGAGGAGACGAUGGACGCAGAUGAUGCAGGCUCAGAGCAGGGUACAGGCAACCCUCAAAACGAUGGAUCGGUAUUGGACCUCGCAAGGUCUGUUUCCACUCACAGGCUGACGUCUAAUGAGAUGCAUGCCCUUGACCACCUGGCUCUGCAAAUUCAUCAGAGGCUGGAAGCUUCGCGUUCAGUCCCUCACCAUUCAGCUGAGUAUGCCCGUGGGUCAUGGCUGAUGACCAGAGCUUACCUAGCCCGUGCUUUGGAGGACACAUUGGCCAACCCAUCGACGCUUGGUGGUGCAGCAUCUUCUGAUCCCCCGGGACUUGGGGGUCUGCAGUUGUCGUAUCCGCCGGCCCAGUUCAACUUUCAGAUUACCUUCGGUGCAGAUUCGGUGGUGCCAAUUGAGCGACUCUUCCGGUUCUUUGCCCUGGAAUCUUUGGUGUUGGACCCUGGGAGGACACUUUUUCCUCUUCAAGUUCCUCGUGACCUGGAGGUCGACGUGACCCCAUCGCAGUGGCGCAAGUAUAAGCCAGACUGGGAAUCGGCCUUUAAUGAGGAUUACGAGUACAUCGUCUUCCUGCCAGAGGGCCUGUACGCACAAGUCUACACUCAUAUGACUCGUGCCUUCCCCGAUCACAUAGUCCAAUGCCACGGAGAUGGACGUGUUGCCAAAGUGGACGUUCGGGUGAAGCCAAUGGCAUUCUCCGACCUGGCAGAUGCCCUUUACCAGAUGCAGUCAGAAGUUGACUCUCUCCAUGCUGAGGUUGCGAAGAUGCGGCGAUGCCAGGAACUGUUGUUCCACAAUCUUGCAACCAUCACAAAAGACUGGAUGGAGGUCAAUCCUGAACUUGCUGACCGUCUUCAUCCAUCGUGCCGCUUGCCACCCAUGACUGACUUCGCUAAGUUAGAGGCUAUGGUGAACUCUGCACUCCCCUUUGUCAGGGAGUGGGCUUCAGAUGAUCAUCACAGGGCACACCUGGAAGUUUGCUUGGCGGGAUGUGCAGCAGUGGCGAAGCAUCUGGCAUCCAGAUUCCAUUGGACGCUCAUCUCGGUCCUCUGCUCACUGGCUGCGAAGGUGUUGAUCACUCAGGAUGAAGCCCAAGCGGACCUAGCUCCAUCUGGGUGGAUCCCUGACAGGACGCAUCCCUGUUCAGUUAUCACCUUCACUUUAGCUUUGCCAGUUGAGCAGGCGCAUCUUUUGGUUUUCCAGCUCUCCGGAGCCCUUUCAGUGGUCACGGAGUGGGGCCUAUCUAACUCCCCAUUGUUGACCCCGGAGGAUCACUUGGUCUUCCGCCACCUUCGAUCGAUGCUUUUCGACUUGAUUACAGCUGUGCGUCUUGGAGCUGGAGGUCAGGCCGCUGACCGGCUGAUGGAGGAGCUACCUAGUCUUAGCCAGCCUGCCGCGCAAGAGUGA